AUGGGUGUCAUGGCCAAAACGAACCCAACAGUGAGAACUGAACUGUGUUGGGAGAAGUUCCGUGUGAUGCCUGUUGUCUUGGUUUAUACAAACGGCAGAACAGUUCAAGACAACAUGUUCACUGAAAUUAGUAAAAUCGUUUACUGGUUUUACCGUACUAUUUUCCUACAGGUUGUUCAUCUUAUGGGAACACAGCAAGAUAUCUUGAACACAAUGGGUUAUAUGUAUGCUGCUGUUCUAUUUCUUGGUGUACAAAAUUCCGUGUCAGUGCAGCCGGUGGUUGCUAUUGAGAGAACAGUAUUCUAUAGGGAAAAGGCAGCCAGAAUGUAUUCAGCAUUGCCGUAUGCAUUUGCACAGUGGACAGUUUCCAAAUUCUUAUGGUAUUUGUUCAUGUAUUUCACCUUGUUAUACUUCACUUUCUGUGGAUUGAUGGCAGUGGCAGUAACUCCCAACCAUAACAUUGCUGCUAUAGUCUCAUCUGGCUUCUAUGCAUUGUGGAACCUUUUCUCCGGAUUCAGCUUCCUGAUGGUGCUUUUGCCUUCUCAUGGUGCUUUUGACAUGAGAACUAGAUUGAUUAAUCCGAGAAUACCGGUGUGGUGGAGGUGGUACUAUUACGCUUCCCCGGUCUCUUGGAGUCUAUAUGGACUGGUUGCUUCUCAGUUUGCAGAUAUUCAGGACAAAAUUGACACAGGAGAAACAGUGGAACAUUAA